UUAUAACUCCAGCUUAACCUUACUUUAUGUCUCGCUCGUGAACCUCCUGAAGAUUACGUAAAAUCGUUGGUAUUAUUAUGAGUAACGUAGAUAAUGCGAUCGUCCAAAAUUUGGACGAGGAAGAUGAGUCCAAGGCGGUGAUGCUGUUCGGCCGAGACAUUAGGAGGAUCCCCUGUUUCAAGCAGAGUAUGCUGUCCGGUAUUUACAGCGGUCUCGCGGCCGGCCUGGGCACCUUCAUGUUCACCAGUCGCGCACAUCUAUCGGCGAACGUCGCCCUGGGAUCCUACAUGGGAGUCACCGUGGUUUAUUGGUGCUACUGCCGAUACAACUACACGAUGGAAAAGUAUGAAAUGCGAAAUCUGCAAGAUAUCAUUCGGCAAAAUUCGAUCAACGCCGCGGAGAAAAACAAGGGAAGUGUUCAGAGAAAACUGAUUGACACAUGAAAACUGCUCGUCUGUCGCUAAAGACUUUUAAAAUAAUGUAUACGAGAACAAGAGACGCGUUAUCAUGCGAUCGUAGCACAGUGCGAUGUAAUAUAACUAAGAUUAUUGUAUCAUAUUUAUAAAAUGUGUGCAAAAAAUGCCUGAUGAA